AAACUAUGGAUAGGUUCCUGGUGAUAGUCAGCGUUACUGUGAUAUUGAGCACUCUGUCUCAACCAUUUUUAAACGCCGCCCCAUCGCGAAACUCCUGUGACUGUGUAUGUGGUGUUCGUGGACGCUCUGAUCGUAUUGUUGGCGGAAGAGAAGCCACUCCGCACAGCUUCCCGUGGCUCGCGGGUCUCUACACCCAGGAGAAGAUUUACUGUGGCGCUACUGUGAUUAGCCGAUCACACCUCCUCACCGCCGCUCACUGCGUGGACGGUAUUGAGCCCAAUGAGAUCCGUGUCUUCCUCGGCGGUCACAAUCUCACCAGUGACUACACUGAGCACCGGCGAGUUCGCAGGAUCACACAGCAUGAGAACUUCAACAUUUUCACCUUCAACAACGACAUUGCACUGAUAGAGAUGGACAAGCCAAUAAAAUACGGCGCCACAAUUCAGCCGGCAUGUCUUCCAGAUCCAUCCGUCACGGACUACACAGGAUCACUCACGAUCAUCGCCGGGUGGGGAAAAAUAGCUGAGAAGAAAGAAACUUCAUCUGUCUUGCGAUCCGUUAUCGUGCCAGUGUGGUCCAUGGAGCAGUGCCGCGAAGCUGGCUACGGAAGGAAGCGCAUCACGAACAAUAUGAUGUGCGCUGGAUACCACGAUGGACGCAAGGAUGCCUGCCAAGGCGACUCUGGCGGAGCCAUGAAUAGGGAAGGACCCAGUGGAAGCAUGGAAGUGAUUGGAGUCGUCUCCUGGGGCAGAGGCUGUGCGCGACCCAAUCUUCCCGGAAUCUAUACCAAAGUUCUAAACUACCUGCCCUGGAUUCGGAAGCAGCUGAAGAACACCUGCUUGUGCCAUCCUCGCAAGGGCACCAGAAAAGAUAUCGUAGAAACCAUGGCGGACGUGGACUAUUAUCCGUUGUGUUCAAACAUGUUAAUUCUGCAUAAAGUGUUAGUCAUUGUUGUUCUGUGCCAAUUAUUUAUACAAUCAUCUACGGGAUUCAACGAGAGUGAUAACAAUAAUGCGACUAAUGUCACCACCCGAAAGGGUAAAAUCUUCUUUGACACGUUCUUUGGCAUCGAGCAAGCCGCCUUCGGCGAUGACGACGAGGAAGAUAGUGAAAACAGUCUGAAGCACUGCAACUGUGAAUGUGGGACAAGUAAUGAGGAGAUUCGCAUUGUUGGCGGACGUCCAACGGGUGUCAAUCAGUUUCCCUGGGUAGCCAGACUCGUGUACAAUGGCCAAUUCCACUGCGGAGCAUCCCUCGUGUCUGAAGACUACGUGAUAACGGCGGCGCAUUGCGUGAGACGACUGCAACGGUCAAAGAUCCGCGUGAUACUCGGCGAUCAUGAUCAAUUCAUUACCACCGAAACACCAGCUAUAAUGAGGGCUGUCAGUGCUAUUAUUCGCCAUCGGAACUUCGAUGCCAACACCUAUAAUCACGACAUUGCCCUGCUGAGACUGAGAAAAAAGGUGGUCUUCGGCAAGACCAUCAGGCCAGUAUGUCUACCACGGGAGACCAGCGAUCCUGCCGGAUUGAUUGGAACUGUUAUUGGAUGGGGAAGGACGUCUGAGGGUGGAACUCUUCCAGGGACCCUUCAACAGGUCAGAGUUCCAAUUUUGACUCUCGCUCAGUGCAGAAAUAUGAAGUACAGAGCCUCUAGGAUAACACCGAACAUGCUCUGUGCAGGAAAAGGCCCUCCAACUGGCCAAGGAAUCGGUGGAGAUUCUUGUCAAGGCGACAGUGGAGGACCGUUGUUCGUGCAGAAUGGCAUUAAAAACGAGAUCGUGGGCAUUGUCUCGUGGGGUGUUGGCUGUGGGCGUCCUGGUUAUCCUGGCGUGUACACAAGAGUGGCCAAAUAUCUGCCUUGGUUGCGUGCAAAUUUAGAUGACACGUGCUUGUGCAAUAAAUAA